GUUCACACUCGCAGCCUCCCACUUCCUGCCAGCGCACCCCACCCAAGCAGGAAAGGCUCCCAAAAUGGCGCUCUCCGACUAUCUGGCGACAGAUGACCUGACAAUUCUGCUCGGACUCAUCGCAGCCACGCUCUUUCUGCUUCAAAACCUGUACAAGCCCCAGCCGCUUGUGCACCCGAUCCUGCUCGGCCGCCAGAGCGACACCUCAAAGGUGCGCAAUGCGAAGGAGAGCCCGGUGUAUAGGAACUAUGGGACGGGGCUUAUGGGGAGGUUCCCCGUCCGUCCUAACAAGGAUGUUACCGUGUUGUCCGACCUUGUGAGGUCGGACCAGGACACCCCGCGGACGUUGUUCAACACCAAGAUCACCAACAUGCAGCUCGAGGAUCGCGUCGCGUCAUUUGGCACCGGUCUUUUGCGUCUUGCGAACCUUGUGCCCGGCGAGUCUAGCGUCCUACUCUUGCUGAAUGACAGUAUUGAGUUCCUCAUCAGUGACCUCGCGCUGUCAUCACAUUCCAUCCCAUCCAUCACCCUCUCCUCGGCUACUCUCCUCGAUCCUGUCCUCGAGCAGCACCCAACCACACCCAUCAUCACCCAUGUCGACUUCCUGACCUCCAUCCUCGAACUCAUCUACGAGUCUGGCGACGAGGCACACCACACCAUCGUCGUCGUGGGCGAACCCAGCCCGCGCGUCAUGGCCAGCGUCGCUAGCCGCAUCACCGUCCUCCAAUUCGCCGACGUUGAGCGCGAGGGCUUCCGCGUUGAGAAGACCUUGAGCCCGAUUCCCAAGCCGAAUGACGUGUUCUCGCUGGCGUACUACCCGAACGGAGAGGGCCUGCAGGGCGUGCAGCUCACGCAUGCAAACCUGACAGCGGGUGUAUGUGCGGUCAAGGCCAUGAUCCCUCAGCAGCAGGCGGUCUCGACGUUGGACACCUUCGUGUCGGCGCAUUCGCUGAGCACGGCGUACGGUCGGGCUAUUGCAUACGCGGCUGUCUAUGAGGGCGUCUCGUUUGCAACGUUGGACAGCACCAAACAGUUCCGCAACGAAGAGAAUGAAGUCCCGCUGGAUGUCAAGGACGCUUUGUCGUUCAAGUCUUACUCGAUUCCCUCACCGACGAUCAUGUUCCUUAAGCCCCCGCACCUGCAGGCUUUGGUAACUUUCGUGCUCAAGGAUGCGCGCAAGAACAUUCUGUUGCACCCCUUUGCGUGGCGCCACAAGGUUGCGGGUCUCGCUGAGGGCUACUUGACCAAGGAGAGCUUGUGGGACCGUCUAGUCUACGAUGCUGCGCGUGGUGGUGUUGUCGGUGAGGUCGCGGGCUCUCUGCGUUUGUUGGUCGUUAGCGGAGGCCCCGUCCCCGCUGCGCUCCUCACGCCCGCGCGUAUCGCCUUCUCCGUCCCGCUCGUCAACGCCUUUACCUCCCCGCUCGUCGCCGGCCCCGUCCUCGCCUCCUUUGCGCUCGACAUGCAGGACUUCCCCGCCGCGCCCGAAGAGCCCGCCCACGUCGGACCGCCCUCCGUAAACGUCGAAGCGCGCCUCAUCAACGUCGACGAGGACGCCGUCGCGCGGGGCGAAGACCCCGUGGGGACGCUCCUCAUCCGCGGCCCGUCAGUGGGCAAGCCCGUUGGUGCGGAGGAGUUCGUGAACGUGAGCUCUGGAAAGGGCAAGGGGAGCGAUGGGGAUGAGGAGGAUGAAGGGUGGUUGGCGGUGGGCGUGACGGCGAGGGUGCAGACGAAUGGGGCGUUCCAAAUUGUGUCGCAGUACUGAUGGUGGGUAGGUAGAGUACCUGUGAAGACGGACUCAGAUGAGGUUGUGGUGUACGGAGAAAAGUGUAUAGAAAUCUCACUAAUGGACAUUCGCUUGGAUCUACAUUUACGGGUCUGCUGCUUUGGAAGGAUAGCUUGUGCUCCCGAUGAAAAAGAGACAUACGGAAGCCCGUAAUUACAUACAUACUCGAGCAAAGCACACGCACAAUGGAGUCACUCACCUCGCGCCUUGAGGACAAUGCCCGGCA